UAUACUUGGCCAAUAAAUGACCCUCAAUUUACUCCAAGAAGCGGUAUUCGAGCUAUCUAGCAUGCUCUCCCCAGAUUUUGACUGGCUUAGUCCAAACGAGCACCGUAGUGAACACUGAUAAGCGAUGAAUAAAUGGCAUUUGCAAUCAAUGGUUCCAAUCUCUCGGGUCAUUGAUGUCAGGGGAUUGUGACGAUGUCGGGGUCUCGACCGAGGUGCAGAGGUCGCGUUCAUAUACGACCUGUUAGCCGGCGCCAAUAUCGCGGCUUUAGGCCCGAGGGUUUCUCUGCAUAUUUGAUUCAUCAAUGAGCGACAACUAGAAGCUCAGCGCAAAGGAUACGCAGCUAUCAUGAGCGAGGCACCGAGCUAUGAUGAGUCCAUGCCCGAUGGCGGCAACCCACUCGAGGUCGAUGUUAACGCCCAAUAUGUCGGAUACGAAUGGAAUUACACCUACCUGAUCUUCUGUGGCUAUAUCGUGUGGCUGAUCAUCCCCGGAAUCGGGCUUCUUUAUGGCGGCCUGGCUCGUCGCAAAUCUGCUUUGGCGUUGCUCUUCCAGUCGUUCAUGGUGUCCGCAGUUGUGACUUUCCAAUGGAUGUUCUGGGGCUAUAGCUUGGCUUACAGCCGCACGGCCGGACCGUUCAUCGGUGAUCUGGCCAACUUUGGUCUGAAGAAUGUCAUGUCUGCACCGUCUCCUGGUAACGCUACAAUCCCGGAGAUCGUCUUCUGCCUGUAUCAGCUGCUCUUCUGUGCUUGCACGGUGCAGAUCGUAGUCGGAGGCGCAUUCGAACGCGGCCGAAUUAUUCCAUCGCUCGUGUUCGGCUUUUUCUGGGCGACUGUCGUGUACUGCCCGGUGGCCUGUUGGACUUGGAAUGCCAAUGGGUGGCUGUACAACCUCCCAUCGCUCGACUUUGCAGGUGGCGGUCCUGUCCAUAUCGCAUCAGGUUGGUCCGCACUUGCUUACGCUCUUGUGCUCGGCAAGCGCAAGAAGAACCCCCAGGACAAGAGCCACGGCAAACCGCAUAACACGACGCUCGUUUUCCUCGGCACUGUUCUUAUCUGGUUUGGCUGGUUCGGAUUCAACGGCGGCUCCGCCCUCAACGCAUCGAUUCGUGCCAUGCUUGCCGCUUUCAACACCAACACUGCAGCAUCUACCGGUGCGAUUGGAUGGGUCUUCGUGGACUACAUCCGGCACAAGCGUCGCUUCAGCGUCGUCGGCGCUUGCGAAGGAGCAAUCGCCGGGCUUGUAGGCAUUACACCGGCUGCCGGCUACGUAAGUGUCUGGCUCGCCGCCGUCAUCGGCUUCCUAACCGCGGUGGUCUGCGCUCUGAUGGAUAAUAUCAACGACUGGCUGCGAAUCGACGAAGGUAUGGAUGUUUUCAAGCUGCACGGCAUCGGAGGCAUGGUCGGCGCUUUCCUUACUGGCAUCUUUGCCACUUCAUCCAUUUCUUCGCUCGACGGCGUAACUCUCGCACCUGGUGCGAUUGAUGGCGAAGGUAUCCAAGUGGGACGACAGUUUGCCGAGAUCACUGCCAUCUCUGCAUAUUCGUUCACCGUAUCGUGCGCGCUGCUGCUCAUCAUGAAGUAUAUACCUGGUCUUCACCUCCGUAUUUCCGACGAGGCUGAAGAAAGCGGACUCGACCUGGAUCAGUUCUUUGAGGAGGAAAUCGGGGAUUGGGGCUUGGUGCACGAGCUUGAAAGACAACGAUACUCCCAGGCUCUCCUGGGCCACGCUCCGGCCCAUGCUACGUCCUCAAGUGAAGCGGUACGAGUGGACAAAGCUUCAGCUGGUUCAGAAAUCACGACCAACAAGUCGCAGUAAGGUAAUUUAGUGGUAGUGAAUUAUCUACAGUAAAGGCGUUCACUGC